AUGCAGAGAUCAUUCAUUAAGAUGUCUCAACCUUUGUUGAGACAUGCUGUUUCAUCAUCAUCAAUGACAACAUCAAUGAAACAAUUUGGAAAUGUUACAUCAUCGUUGGCCACAAUGUCAUCAUCACAGUUUGCAAUCAAGUUCAAUACGACAUCAGCCACUUCGGCAUCAUUAUAUAACACCAACAGCAACAGCAACUCCCUUGCCUCGACAAUCCCUCCCACAAACAGACUGAUAAGAAGAAAUAUAAGCUGUCUAUCUGACAUUGGACUAUCAUUAUAUACUGCAAUGAGUGAUGAUGGUGGC